AUGGAUUUGAAACAACCUGCAUCUCACACUGUAGCUGGGAACUCGAAAGUUGCUAGCAUAUGGUACGAUCGUGCCUAUCUAGACAUCAUCGUAGGAUACAAUCCGGCGUGUUGUCCGGCACCAGAAGACGUUCUUCCAAAGCGCGAGCCAUCGCCAGUCGCUCAACUUCAAGCAGAAUACAAUCAGUGGUAUGGUAUUCCGAUGCCCAAAACAUCUCCAGAAGCCCAUAGUGACGGCUCAAUAUCAACAUAUUGGGAUAGCAGCCGCAGUAUACCUCCAGGUGCUAUUUGGAGGCCUCUAAUACUGUCGUCGAAUGUGACCCAAAGUCAACCAGAAUACAAUCCGGUUCAAAUUACCGCAGCGCCAAAAUCGUCGCCUAAACCCGCAGAUCAAGCGAAACCAACACAAGGCAGUAAAAAAAAAAAUUUGACCAAAAAACGCAAGAGAUUUCAAGCGUUCACUGAUACCGGUAUCGUCUGUACAGAAUGCGACGAAGCUUUCGCCAGUCGGGUAGGACUAACCCAGCAUAACCAGGCCAAUCAUUCCGGACCACGACCGUACCGGUGCGUGCAGUGCGGCAAACGGUAUCAAUUCCUGACGGAGCUAGAAGCGCACAAAAAACGCCACACUGACGUGGGGAAACCUUUCGGUUGUUCCGAAUGUCCGAAACGUUUCAACUUUAAGCGGGAUAUGAUUCGCCAUUUUGAAAAGGAUCACUGCAACAUCGUGCCAUUCAAAUGUUCAAAAUGCAACAAGAGAUUUCAGCGACGCGAUUCCGUUUUGCAGCAUGAAGUCGUAUGCGUUGGAAAUCCUCUCAAAUGUAAGACGUGCGAUCAACGAUUCGUACGACAAGGAUUCUUUUUCCGUCAUUCGAAAAAAUGUCAGGAACGGUUUGACGCAAUCGAGAAAGCUGCUGCACUUUUGCAUAAAUAA